UACAUAGUCUUGUCGACAUGUCUAUAAGUUAGACUAAAAAAGCAAAUCAUUUCGUCUAUAUAAACAUACAUACACAAGCACACACACACACGACUUAAGAAGUUUUGUGGUGAAUGAGAAAGUCAACAUUAAUGGAGAAAGUCACACAAAGAACUAUCUCCUCCUCCUCCUCCACCACCUUCUUUUUGUGCUUCUUUAUCUUCUCUUCAAGCAUUCUCUUUCUCGCCGGAAAAUCAGCAGCAAAAGUUUCUUAUGACGGUGACAAUGAUGAUAACGUGACGGCUUUGUUCAUCUUCGGGGACUCUUUCUUGGAUGCAGGAAACAACAAUUACAUAAAUACCACUACACUUGACCAAGCCAAUUUUCCACCUUAUGGUCAAACAUUCUUUGGCCUCCCCACCGGGAGAUUCUCCGACGGUCGUCUCAUCUCCGAUUUCAUUGCGGAAUAUGCGAAGUUGCCGUUAAUUCCGCCGUUUUUGGAACCGGGAGAUAGUCAAAAGAAGCUUUGCGGCGUCAACUUUGCAUCUGCUGGAGCUGGUGCUCUUGUUGAAACGUUCCAAGGUUCGGUGAUAAGUUUGAGAACACAAUUGGAUCACUAUAAGAAAGUGGAGAGAUUGUGGAGGAUAAAGUUUGGUAAAGAAGAAAGCAAGAAGAGAAUCUCAAGAGCUGUCUAUUUGAUAAGUAUUGGGUCUAAUGACUACUCAAGCCCUUUCUUGACCAAUCAAUCUCUCUCCGUUUCGAUGUCUCAACAUGUUGACAUUGUCAUUGGUAACUUGACUACAUUCAUCCAUGAAAUAUACAAGAUUGGAGGACGGAAGUUCGGGUUCUUGAAUGUGCCGGAUUUGGGUUGUUUUCCGGCUUUACGGAUACUAAAACAGAAGAACGAUUCUUGCUUGAGAGAUGCUUCAAUACUGGCAAGCAUACAUAACAAAGCUCUUUCAAAUCUCUUGUUUAAGAUGCAAAGACAAGUCAAGGGCUUCAAGUUCUCUCUCUUUGACAUGAACAAAAGUCUUAAACUCAGAAUGGAUCAUCCUUCUAAAUUUGGUUUUAAAGAAGGGGAAGAAGCAUGUUGUGGGACAGGGAAGUGGAGAGGAGUAUUCAGCUGUGGAGGGAAGAGAAUUGUGAAGGAAUACAAAUUAUGUGAGAAUCCUGAUGAUUAUAUUUUUUGGGAUUCACUUCAUCUCACCCAAAAUACUUACAAACAAUUUGCAAAUCUCAUUUGGAAUGGUGGGCACAUGUCAGAUUCUCUAGUGGUUGGCCCAUACAAUGUCAACAGAUUAUUUCAGAUUUCUUGAUGUGAAUGUAUGUUAAUAUACAUGGAUAUGCUUUGUUCUUUUGUUGGUAACCUUUUUUUGUUCAUCACUGGUUCAAGAAAUUCAAAGUACUUUACUUU